CUUGCGUGAUUGACGUUUUUAGCAUGAUCCUUACUAGCAAAUAGCGUGGAAAUAUGUACAGACAAAGAUUGCUGUGAGAAUAUUAAAAAAUCACAAUGGAUGAGCAGUUAAUGACAUCAUCAGACUUCCCAACAGAGUUGCUCCCUGUAGUGAACAGCCUGUACAAGCGUCAACUUCUUUGUGACAUCACGCUUGUAAUUGGUGGCUAUGUGGAAUUCCAUCUGCACAAAGUAAUGCUAGUCAGUGGGUCUGGUUAUUUCAAAACACUUCUUGAUCAAGGCAUGCUCUUCGUCAACAGAUAUGAUUUGCCAGGCCUCAACCCAACCCAUGUUAACCAGCUCUUGGAUUUCCUCUACACUGGCUCAAUGAUGCUUAACAAGUCUAAUGUAUGGGGAGUGAAGAACACAGCUGAACAACUGGACAUUCAGGCUGCUAAGAAGCUAUGUGAGGAGUAUGUUCGUAAGACAACUGAAGGCCCUGUCUUCCCACAACAAGCUGUCCUGACUGAGAGUGCUGCUGUUAGUGAUGUAGAGCAGAGAAAGUCUUCAAUAGCCAAGAUAAUAGAGAUGUCAGUUGCCUCUACACAGACCACCCAAGAAUAUCCUUCCAUCCCUUUUAGUGGGCAGCCCCAACCAUCAAGUCCCCAAUCCUCACACCCCCCAAGAAGUGACCUUACCCCGAAAUCAAAAAUUGCCAUCAAGCAAGAGGUGUUCAGUGAGGCAGAACCAGAUAUGAAUGAUACUUACAAUGAGCAGGAUCACUUUAGUGACAAUGAUUGGAUGCCCCUUUCUGAUUUGACCCCUGUCGAGCCAGUCAAAUCCAAACGGAAGCGUGGUCGUCCAAGGAAGGUUGACCAACAAGCAGAAUUUGAAAUGGUGUCUCAUUAUACAGGGAAGAAAUCAAAAGGUUCAUCAAAAGCUAAGCCAAAGCUGAAAACCCUCAAAAUCAAGAUAAAGAAAUUAGAUGAGAAUAUAAAGCCUAAAUAUAAACAAUGGGACAAACUCCCGCAAAUUCAGUUUCUAAAACCUAAACCCCUUCCUCGACCAUUCAUGUGUAGCUACUGCGAUAAAGGGUUCCCACACGCUGCCACAGUGAAACUUCACAUCCAGCAAGAACACAAGUUUGUCUACAGGCAGAGUGUCAGGUGUAGGUUGUUAUUAGCCAGGGCUCUGAGACAGACGCAAGUAGCUCUUGCAGUCAGUGAAGGCCCACCACCAAAGUGCAAUAUCUGCCUUGGUGCAUUCGCAUACCACACGUCCCUCAAACAACAUUGUACUAAGGUGCACAGACGCCUUGUGAAAUGUACAAAAUGUCCCAAACUCCCAACCUUUAUGAGCUUCUUUCACCUGAAAGUACAUGAGCAUUUAAAGCACAAGGAGAUUCCGAAGAAAUCUAGAACGAGGAGAGAACGGGGGAGGAAGAGGAGUAAACCCCACUACUACAAAUGUUACUUUUGUCCACAUAGAACCCUAAAUGAAAAAGUCCUGGCAGUACACAUUUCACAAAGACACUCUGAAAUUAUGCUAAAACCAUUCCCAUGUAAAUAUUGCAAAAAGUCAUUCAGUGACAAGAAAUAUAUGAAGGAUCAUAUGAAAGGUAUACAUUACGUUCCAGAUAAUUUGGCUGAUAAAUGGUCAGAAAAGGUAAACCAACAUUUCAAGACACCUUUUGUGUGUACAGAGUGCCAUGAAUUGUUCACAAAACGAACAAAGUUGCGUUCUCACUUAGCAGCGAAUCAUGGAAUUGCCCAGAUCCCUGCUUAUGAUGGAACAGAAAAACCAUAUAAAUGCAACGAUUGCCCCAAAACAUUCCUCAAGAGACAGCAUUUAGGGGUACAUCGUAGGGAAAUUCAUGGCGUGGACUUUAACGGGAUAUCAGGAGGACAGAAAUGUGAAGAAGCUGGCUGUGUAUUUGAAUGCAUCGGGAAAACAAACCUCAAGGAACAUUAUAAAGACUGUCAUCCAGAUGUGAUGCACAGCUGCCAGAGGUGUCCUUACACCAGCUGUUUAGAGUCCCAAGUAACGAAUCACAUGACACGUAAACAUCAGAUUCGAAUGAAGGCCUACUCCUGUACAAUGUGCAACAAGACAUUCUCCAGUAAAUACCAUGUUAAACACCAUGAGUUCUCCUUACAUGGUAUAGAAUCGGAAGAUUUACAGGUAUUUGAGUGUCCUGAACCUGGUUGCAACUAUAAGACUCCCCAGAAGUAUACAUUGAAGAAGCAUGCUCAGAAACACAUGCCUGGAAAAAUGUUCACUUGCUUAGAGUGUGGAAAAAAAUUAAAGACAGAACUAUAUCUCGAGAAGCAUAUGAACAAAAUCCAUCGUGGCAUUCGCCCAUAUAUGUGUGACCAAUGUGGGGCAUCCUAUGGGGAGGAAGCUGAACUGAAGACUCACAUGGCACGUCAUGGGGCCAAAACACAUGUCUGCUCACAUUGUGGCUAUGCUACAGCAGACAAGGGAAACUACCAGAGUCACAUGUUUGCUCUUCACCAUAUUGUUUUGAGUCAAACUAUGAUUAUUUUCGAGUGUGAGAUUUGCGGAUUUGCGUGUGAACGCCGACAGAGGUUUGAGGACCACCAAAGGUCUCACAGAGGCAUCAAAGAGUACAGCUGUGAUAUCUGUGGACAAAUGUUCAUAUCAAUACGUACCCUUCGAAAGCAUAAAAAAUGGAAACAUACCCCAAAAAACCUGACUUGUGACUUUUGCAAUUAUGUGACCAAUGAUACUACCCAUUUGAAAGACCAUGUCAAAAUCAUGCACACUCAUAGAAAUCACAAACCAUAUAAGUGUUUUUAUUGUAAUUUUGUAUGUGCAACAUCUGGGAAUUGUCGCAAACAUUGCAUGAAUCGCCACAAAAAUGAAGAGGUUAGGUGGAUCAAAAUCACAGACAAAACUCAAGAAAGUCUUGAAAGUAGUAUUGUUAUUAAGCCAAGUGGAUCAUUCUCGGGUGGAAGGUCAUCAAUAUUCCCUAUUGGGGAAGAAGACAAUGAAGUUAAAUCAAUGGUUAAGGGCAAUGAUAUUCAAAAGAAUCAAGAAAAUAUGACGAUGGCUAUUGACAGUAUUGGUUUAAAAGUUGGUGAUUCAUUCUCGGCCGAGAAACCAUCAGUUAUAACUCAUGAUGAUGAUCCUUCACUUGCGAGCACCAAUAGAAUCCCAUCACCUCCAUUGCAAGCCCCUGGCAUGUCGGGCUCAAACUGGCACUAUAUGCAAAGGCCCCAUUCUUGGCAUAAAACAUGAUUGACUUAUGUGUUAAUAAAUUAGGAGUCGCAUAUUACCAUUCUUCCUUGUUUUGAUUCAUGUCAUGUUUUAAUAGUUGUGUAUAAAACGAAAGAAUACUAAUAAUAAUAGUAUACAUUUAAACUAAGAUGUGUUCGUCUGUUCAUUGAGAGUGCAUGGUUUUAACGAUAUACUGUAAAAUCUGUAAAUCAUAGCUCUGGUGGUAAAACCCCUGUAAUCUGUUUAUUUCAUUCAGUGGUUAUGUUUGUAAGCCCACUGUCGACAGCACAGGUGUAUUUCAAAACACCAACAUCAUUGAGAUUUUUAAAGUUUGUGUUAUACAGAUUUUGCUGUAAAAUAUUUCCUGUUGGAUGUAAUAUACGUAAUAAAUAAAGCAACAAUGAGGACUGUAUUUGAGGUAUGAUAGGAAACAGGUCACUGAACAUGAUAACUAAGACAUAAACUGCAAUAAAAGGGAAGUGGUACUUAUGUUCAAAUGCUAUGAGAUUAAAUUGUU